UGGCGUAGUGAGCACCCGCACUCCGUCCCCUACUCUUCCUUUCCCCCUCAGUUUAUCCUCUCUAAAGUGCAAGUGAUGAGUGAAGUGAAACCUUAAUGAAAGUGUCCGUGUGCCGUAGUACAGUGGCGAGUGCUCCAAUGAGGAUUUAAGUGAGUGGAGAAGAAGGCUACAAGACACUUGGUGUACCCAAGACUCUCCAAGGAGCACCGUAAGGAUGAGUGAGCUGUGGGAAUUGAACACGAUGGAGCGACGGUAUUCCAUCCCUCCAUCCACCAUCUCCGAGCCCCGCCUACUGCCGCCCGCACGCCCACCAGGAGGGGGUCCAACGUCAGCCUCGGCCAAGAUGGACCUGCACGCCUGGUCCAUCUACCGGCAGAACCUCAACUCUGACUUCACGGACUCGGCCCUCGGCUCGCAAGAGAAAGCUACGCUUCCCUACGGUAACUUCCAGCUCCGCGAGUCCACGGUCCACACCAUCCUCAAUAAUCCCAGGUACGGCCCCAAGAGCGAACUGGGCUCCAAUAUGUUUACCUACCUCAAGUUCGGGCUUCCUCGGGUGUUCCCCCCGACGCUGGCGGGGAGAGACGGCAGUAGUGGCUAUGACUCCAGCGACGAUGGAGGAGGUGGUGGCGGCGGCGGCGGGGGCGGAGGAAGAGAGAGGGGUAGAGAAGGGGAAGCCUCGCCCAUCGGGAGGGGAGACAGGUACACGAGAAGCAAAAGUAACCCUGACCUGCUGGCGGCCAGAGACUGGAACCCACCCACCUCAGCCAGGGACUCGAGGACCAAGAGCUCCAGCGAGGCCAACUUGCUGUCAUCGGACGUCUACGGCCGGCCGGGCCGAUAUGUUGGCGAGCGAGGUGCCGCUAGCAAGCUGGGCGGGUCCCACAUGUCUCUGUUGUCUCGACACUCCCGCCGAUCUCGACAACACGGCGCCAUAUUUAACCAGCCCCCGGACGGCACAGGGUACAGGGACCCGCCCAUGCUCAACGACAAGCUCUUCCCUCGUGACAACCCCUGGCCGGAGGAGGGAGGCAUGGGUCCCAAGGGACCCCACCUGCAGGUGCGUGGGCUGGUUUACGAGACCCGUGGGAGUGGGGGACGAACGCACCUACUGGACGGUAUCUCCCUGGAGGCUCGAGGCGGGGAGGUUCUGGCAGUGAUGGCGACGAAUGAGAGCGAGGGUUCGUGUCUCCUGGAUGUGCUGGCUGACCGACACACCAGGUGGCGUGGGGUCCUCCGGGGGGACUUUAUCCUCAAUGGCAACAUCACCAAGCCCGCUAAGGUGGCGGCGCGGUCAGCCUACGUGCAGCAGGAUGUUAAUUUCUGCCCUGACAUGAGUGUUCGCCAGACGCUGCUGCUCCACUCCUUCUUCCGCUCCUCCGGUGACCUCUCCAGGGUCAGAGAGGUCAAGGCUAGGAUCAAUGGUCUGAUCAAUGACCUGGGACUUGAACAGGUGCGACACACCAGAGUCAAGGACCUGACUUUGAGUGAGCGACGUCGCCUCAACGUGGCAUGUCAUCUCUUGCUAGAGACAGAUGUCAUCCUCCUUGACCAGCCCACUCGAGGCAUGGACAUCUUCGACACUUUCUUCCUCGUCGAGUACCUGAGACAGUGGGCAUGUCGAGGCAGGAUUGUGAUUCUGACGAUACAGCCUCCCACGUAUGAGAUCUUCACAAUGAUAUCACGCGUGGCCCUCAUAUCCACAGGUCGCCUAAUGUACUUCGGCAGGAGGAGAGAGAUGUUGCCAUAUUUCGCAUUUAUUGAGUACCCAUGUCCCGCCUAUAAAAACCCUUCAGAUUACUAUCUUGAUUUGGUAACGUUGGAUGACCUGAGUGCAGAGGCUAUGCUGGAGUCGUCACAGAGAGUGGAGAUGCUGGCGGAGACAUUUAGACGCCGUCAAGAGCCCCUGAGUGACCCGGGGCCUCCUGGACCCCUACCCCCGAAGGUCCGCAAGGAGAACAUCUGUCUUCAGCUCCUUGGCCUCUGGAUACGUGCAAUGAUCUACCAAUUUCCAUAUAACAUGGUGCACUGGUUGGCAAUGACAGUGGUGGCAGGAACGAUGUCGGUGGUUGUGGGUGCAGUGUACUGGGACGUGCGCAGUGGUUCAGCGCAACACCAGGAUAACGUCAACAACCGUGCAGCCUUCCAUUAUGUUAUGGCUGGAUUGGCCCUCUGGCCUGUCCUCCUUAUGGCCAUCUCUGAGAUAUGGCGGGAUAAGCCAGCUGUGGCCAGAGAUGUGGAUGAUGGUCUUUACUCCAGAGCCAUAUACAUUAUUACUAAGAUCUGCUACAGCUUCCUGGCUGCCGGUGGUACUUUCUUGGCCUACACUCUACCUGCCUACACAAUGGCUGGCUUUCCCACUGCCGACCAGUUCUACUACUACCUGGGCUACAUGCUUCUCUACUUGUUUGCCAUCCGUGCCAUCGCCAUUGCUGCCAUUUGUGUAUUCGAUUCCCGCCACACGGCCGCUAUGGCCACAGGCUUCGUCUUGACGCUGGCUGUUGUGGGUGCUGGCUUCACCAUUCACCCUCUGGACUUGUCAGCGUGGACAUGGCCAACACUGUGGUGGUCACCUGCUCGCUGGGUCCUACAUGAAGUCAACCGUUAUGAGUUUGACAACACCAAUGAGUUUCUGUGCGACCGUAACCCUGUCCUGCAAGACACCCUUUCAGCCAUCCAGAGAAAGGCACCGUGUGGGGUUGUGACAGGGACUCAGGCUCUUCGCUACAUGGGUCUACCAGAAGCAGGUCUCCCAGAUGCCUUCUACCCUGCUAUCUUCAUCCUGGUAGCCUACCUGUGUGGUCAGAUCAUUACCAUCAUCGCUUUCACAGCCAGCAAAAAGCCUAAUCGCACCAAGAAGUAUAGAAUUGAAUAAUCAUUUUUUUUUUUUAGGGUUAUACAUUAGCAUAAUAUUGUAUUGUAUAAAAGUUUUUACAUAAUAAUGAACAAAAACUAAAUACUGUAGUUUUAACUUGUUCUAGUGUUAAAAAAAUGAAUGCAAGGUAAUAUGUUUGAGUGUUAAUUUCAGAUGUGUUGAUAAAAUGCCUGUUAACUUAAUAGCACUCAAGCAUCAUAUUCAUUAAAAUGUAUAUAUAUUGAGCCUGCAUAAUUCAACAUCUAGUUCAUUAAAGGUUGUCCAUAGUGUUUUACAUGUCUUUGACGAGUUGGUUGCUGAUGUCGUCUAAUAUCCAAGAUGUGUGUAUCUUCUCGGGCCAAUUCUUUGCUUAUGUUUGUUAUAUUUAGCAAACACCGCCACUCUCAUCACAACACAAUAGUGCUAUUUUGCUGAUUAGCAAAAAUAUAUAUAUAUAUAUAUUUUAGUAUAUUGUACAGUAUUUAAAAAUUUACUGUUUAGGUACCCGUACUAUUAUAGCUGUCCAAGGACACAGUUUAUUGCCACUGAACGGUAAUUAGUCUGAUGACGCGUUUUAGUGUCGCCUGAUCUAAAAUUUUGCUAACUUUGCUUUCUUAGUUGCUGUUUUUGUGCCAGUACAAUGCAAAUUUGUUUAAAAUACAGGGCCACAGGGUAAGCAGAGCAAUGUUACUAUAUCAGGUAUCUGAGCUCACCUUGGUUAACCACAUUUCACAACAAGCUACCCACCCAAGGCCUAUGGUUUUUUAUGUUCAGUCCCGUGUUGUCAAGUGAUUUUUUCCCAUCUCUUGCAUAAUAUUUUGUCCUGGAAUUAUUUGCGAUUGUAAAUAAAUCCUAAUGGAUCAGGAAAGUCGAAAAUUAGUUAAAACACGCAAGAGAAUCAAGGGUACGAGUUUGAGAAAAUGCCAUAGUUAACGAGGGCAAUCAAUUUUUCAAGAAGGUUUGAAUCCACCUAAGAUUAGUGCUUUGCUUGAAGAUUCAGAUCCUGAGUACCUUGAUCAUGGAACUCGAGAAAGCAGGAAUGAUGCAAUGAGAGCAGGAAGCGGCGGCGGGCCAUAACCACAUCAAAUUGAGCUCAUUGAGAUAAAAAUAAUUUUGUCAUCAAUGGAAGUGCUCAGUCCAUCACUGAGCACUUCCAAAAUCCAUUUCAGUGGUCAGCCUUGAUUUUUUAAUAUUAUGAAUGAGGAAUCAUUCCAUUUAUGUGCAGAAAGAAAAUACUUAUGUAUGACUUCGUGGAUUUACUACGGCAAAAUGACUGAACUUUGUCAGUACAGUACAGUAAGUAUACUGUAUGCCAUGGCCCCCCCUCCCCUAUCGUUAUCCUAUAAAUUUCCAUUCUCUUUGCAAAUGACUCGAGAAAAUAUUCCACCAUUUGUUUUUUUCUUCAGUGAUAUAAAGCAAAUCUGUGUGCACAAUUACUUUUAAAAAAUUUAUUUAUACUUAUAUGUAAGGAACAUUUGAAUGUUUAUAAAUGUGUUUAUAGUCUAUGCCAUGCAUAAACAAAAAUAAUGCGCUUGCCAAAUUUUUGGCAUCUAUUCUCUAGAUCAUUAAUUUCAGAAUAUUUUUACACAUUUUGAAUUGUCAACCUAGAAAUAAACGUAAAAUGUUUACGUAUUGGCAGAUACCACUUAUUGAACAGAAUGUUUAACCCUUAAAUCGUGCACAUUGUAUAUGGGAUGGUUCUGUACUGAUGUGUGGCCAUGGAGAAGACUAUACAAGUGUUAAGGGGUUAAAGGGUGGUCAUGAACUCCUCCUCCUGAUGGGGGGGGGGGGGGUGAUUGCUUCUGUUAUGGGGGUAUGACUGAACUCCUUUUAUGAGAAGCUCAUGAUCGAUUAAGGAGGGGAUAACAUGACAGAUAGACCCCGAAUGACAAUUUCUAGUUUGCUCAGUUCCCCUAUAUACUCAUUCAUUCCUUCUAGGGUAAUAGGGCAACAUUUUCUGUUUUAUGUUGGGAUGAGUGAGAGGUGUGUGGGUGUGUGCGCGCGUGCGUGCCAGCAAGGAAUUCAUACAUGGUGUUCAGGUGGACUUUGUGAAUAUCAUAUGCCCAUUAACAGUGUUGUUUUGAUUUCUAUACAUUAAGGUAUGCAUGUUUUGAAUAAAUUUCAAUAGACACUGCUUAUAUUGGAAUGCUUUAAAGUGGAUUUAUUUGCAUAAUGGUCAUGUGUAACUUCCCAUAGCUUGAUCUUGCAGGUAGCAGGCUGUAUUUUAAUUUUUUGUAUAGUGUAUUUUAAUGCAGUUAAUGAGCCACAGUACACUUGAGUGUGUCAACAUUAUCUAGCAUUUGGUUUUAAUGGUGACAGGUGUUAGUACAAUAAAUUCUCAAGACUGUUGACCAUAGUAUGGACUGACAAACUUAUACUUAUAUCACAGGUACUUCAUAUUCUAAAGCAAAACAUGAAAGGCAAGAAGUUGUUUUAAAUUUCAGUGGUUUAAAUGUUAUCAACGUGUGUGCGGUGCCAGUGUUGUCCUCAGGUACUAAAGAAAGGAGAUAUUGUCCAAUACUCAGCAGUCGAAAGGCAGCUUUAACACCUUCGUGCUUCAGGAAAAAAUGUAGGUACAGUAGAUUGUUUUUGUUAAAUGGACGAAUGAUGUUGUAGAUAAAAGUUUUUAGAUAGUUGCUAGUAGCGGGUAGUUGAUAUUUAUAAACAGUAAAACAGUUACUGUACAUAAGUAUGAUAAUAUGCAUGUGUGCUUAUUUUGCAUUUCAGUAUUGAAUUAUAAUAGAUGUGUAAUUAUCUUUUAGUUAUGAAGUACCUCUCGUGAAAUUCAUGUUAAAUUUGUUUUGUUUUUUUUUCCCCCAAAUGGUAGAGUGCACAUCUGGUUUUAUGUGGGAAUGUAGUGCCGGACCAAAAAUUUUGUACAAAAUUUUAUUUGCCUUAUCUGAUGGCCAGUCUUCAGUGGUCAGAGCAGGGAUAGAAGUUCAGUAUCUUGGGAAUGAUUCCUCAAUAUAAAUAUACUGUACAUAGUAAAAUGAGAAGUUUUAUUGAGACUGGAUAGUAUUUAAUGUAAUAUAAUUUGAUAUCCAUUCUUAUGACAAGACUUGUGGGACCUUGGCUUAAUCAUUUUAUAGCCAGAUUAAAGCUACUGUACAGUGUAUCUAAAAGUGAUUUUUACCUUAUCUUACAAACUCGUGUUAAACUGAUUGUUGAGUGCAUAAAACCAACUAAUAGUCCCCCUCACAUUUAACCAGGAAUUGAUUGGAUAUGUUCCUGUGGUACUGAUAAACUCGGCUCUUUUAUACAGUAUCAAGUUUCAUGUUGGGUGCGAAGCUAACAUAUUUAUUGUUCGGAAUGUUUUGCUUAUCACACAUAUCGUUAAAAGUAUUGUUUUGUAUAUAAUAUUCAAUAUCCACCAUAGUUCAUUCAUAUUUCAUAUCGACAACGAAUAAUAGCGAUUAAUGUCUAGUGCCACUUUUCUUAUACUGUCAGUGUUACUUGACUGACUAAAGAUGAUCAGAGUAUCGGAUGAGUGAAUUCGGUGCUAUCACUCUGCUGGGAAUAAAUCUGAUAACUCAAAUGUCAUGCUCAUUUUUUUUUAAGGGGGAAAGGGGAAGGACAGAAUGACAAGAAAAUGAUUAAAUUCCAACAGUGCAGCCAUUAUUAAAGUGCUCAGACUAGAUAAUUAUUUAUAACAAAAUAAAGUGAUAAAACAUAUUUAAAUUUAAACCAGAAAGAUAUCUUUGGUCUAUACUUUUCUUCUAGUUUAUAAUUUAGUGGACAAUUGCACUCGAGUGUUGUAUGAUGUUCAGAGAUCGACUAGGGUGUGCCGUCAGUACCUACCGAGGUGUGAUUGAUCUAGACUGUGGUGAGGUAUCUCGAGGCUAUGGCAUUGUAUAUCAAAACUGGUGUAGUAAAUAAAGGAUGUGGUUUAAUGUAUCGAGGAUGCAGUCUGGUAUAUCAAGGUUGUGGUGUUGUACGGUGUAUAAAAUCUCUGGAAUAUGCCAAGGCUGUGGUGUGGUAUAUCAAGGUUGUAUGGUGUAUCAAUACUGUGAUAUAAAGCACAAUCUUGCUGUGUCAAGUUUAUUUACACAAAAUUUCUAUGCUGCCAUUUUACAGUUAUGAACUGUCUCACAUCUUGGAUUGUUUGGCAUGUGACUGUUCCUUUUCUUUGUAUAAAGAAUGGUAAUCAAGGAUUUAGUCAAAUGAUUUAGCUGUAUGUGUGUGAUUUUCUAACAUUCUCAAGUCAUUCUGUGACCUUCUACAACUGUGUUUUUCUGUAUUAUGUAUACUACAGGGUUUAAAAAAGAAAAUUAAUACACAGUAAGAUAUAUACUGUACAGUACUAUUGUAGCUUGUAUGAUUUUUUCAGAAACCCUUGUGUUAAAAAAUGAGGUUAACACUUCAAGAAAAAAUCUUCCUUGUUGAAAGCUACAUUAGUGAUCAAAGUUAUAAAAGCACAAUGAAUGAAUUUGAACAGUCCAUGGUUUGUUUCUUUUUUGAACACACUGUAGUAUUUUUAUUUAUCAUAAGUUAUAAAUUGUUUUGUUGACUACUGUUAGCAGUCAUAAAGGUGCUGCUUAAUCGUCCUAUAUUAAAGCGACUCUUCGAUUUGGGGAGAUAAAACAGAGUACUGUACUGUACUGCAAUGCCCAUUUAGAAAUUACCAAACCAUUAUAUUUAUUUCACUGUAAUUAUUGCAAGUAAUGGUAUUGUAAAAGACAAAAUUAAACAGUAAUGAAUACAUUGUAUAGUUUAUAGUUUGAUGUUUAUAAUGUUCAGUUAUUUUUGUCUUUUCUAAUGUAGUUAUAUAAUUGAGAACUGAUGAAAUCUUUUUUGUUUUGUAUUGUUAAGUGAGUGAUAUUUAAUUAUUUGUAAUUUGUGUAAAUAUAAUUUUUAACUUGAAAAGCAUUUGUUGAAUGUCUAGUAAAAAUUACUGUUCUACCAAUAAGUUGAUUUAAUGGUUAUAAUUAAAUAAAACUAUGUACAGUAUAUUACUAUAGAGUUUAGCAUGUUUGUAUUUAUAAGACAGCCUUUAGCAUUUCACAAAAGAAUCAUUUAUUUUAUGAGUGAUUAUCAUAGAUAUCCCAUUUGGUUAUGUUUUGAUUUAGCAUGUAUUCUACAGUAGUAAAUUAUACACUAGUUGUCCCAUGUAUUGUAGAAGUGCCUUCUGUUGGACUCCUACAAUAUAAUCCCAUAUGUUCACAUAAUACUAACAGCAGCAAGAUAAUAUAACUUAUGACCAACUAUGAAAACAAAAAUUCAGCACUCCACGUGCUAAUAUCCUUAUUUUGUCUUUAAAUGCCAGAAUAAUCAUUUGUGCAUUAUUUGUAAAUAAACAUUGAUUCAAGUGAA